AUGUCAGAAGCAGAAGAAGAAAUAAUUGAUGUUAUUGUAGUAGGAGCUGGUAUAUCAGGUCUUUAUGCAGCUUAUCGACUUCAGCAAAAAUCACCCGAACUUAAAAUACUUGUACUUGAAGCUAAAGAUCGAGUUGGUGGUCGAACAUUAACAGUUGAUUUACAAACAUCUCUUAAUGAAAAUGAAAGUGAAACUGAUCGAUUUGAUCUUGGUGGUCAAUGGGUUACUGAUACACAAGUAAAUAUUACAGCAUUACUACAAGAAUUACAAUUACAUACUUAUGAUCAAUAUCAUACAGGCAAGAGUAUAGCAGAAUUACAUCGUCGUGUACGGCAAUAUUCUUUAUCAUUACCAUAUAUUUCAUUACUUUCCUUUCUUGAAAGUAUUUAUAAUAUUCUUCAACUUGAAAGUUUAGCAGCAAAUGUUCCAACAUGGAAUCCAAUGAUGGCAAGAAAUGCUGAUUAUCUCGAUCGACAUACAUUAGCACAUCUAAUGAAACCAUGGAUAUGUAAUAGUGCAAAUCCAUUGAUGACUGCAGCUGUACGAACUGUUUUCGGCUGUGAACCUGAACAAGUAAAUGCUUUAUUUGCAUUGACAUAUGCACAAGCAGGUGGUGGAUUUAUGAGAUUAACAUUAACAGAUCCUGGUUGUGCACAAGAAAAGAAAAUUAAAGGCGGGUCACAACAAGUAUCACAAUUACUUGUUGAAAAAAUUGGUAAAGAUAAAGUUCUUCUUGAAACACCAGUACAAAAGAUUGUGCAAAAUGAUGAUGGAAUUGUUAUUAUAACAACAACUCAAAAUCAAACAUUUCAAUGUCGUAAACUUAUUUUAGCUAUUCCACCUUCACAAAUAAUUCCAAUACAAUUUGAACCAAUGUUACCUGGAUAUAAGCGUGAAAUGUUAAAACAUAUGCCAAUUGGUAGUUAUCUUAAAUUUAUUUUUACAUUUGAUAAAGCUUUUUGGCGAGAAGAUGGUCUUAGUGGUGAAGUAAUUAGUGAUGGAAGUUUUUCUCCACUUGGACAAUCAAUUGGUCCUAUGACCUAUUUAAUUGAUGGUACAACAUCAAAUGGUACACCAGCUUUACUAGGUUUUAUUGGUGGUCGAUGUGCAUCUGUAUGGACAAGUGUAACACGUGAAGAACGACGUAAAGGUUUACUUGAAUGUCUUUCACGUUAUUUUGGUGGUCAUAAAAUUUCUACACAUUUAAUUGACUAUGCUGAAAAAGAUUGGAAUUUAGAACCUUAUUCAGGUGGAUGUCCAUGUCAUAAUGCUACAACAGGAACAAUGAAAGAUUUUGUUGAUGGUUUACGAAAACCAUAUAAAAAUAUUCAUUUUGCUGGUACAGAAACAGCGAGUCAAUGGAUGGGAUAUAUGGAUGGUGCUGUUGAUGCUGGACGACGUGCAGCAUCAGAAAUUCUAGUCUCAUUUCGUCAAGAUGAACAGUUGAAAGAUGAUGACAUUGAUCAAUAUACAUUCGAAAAUCAAAAUCGUAAAUACCAAAAUUGUCGAGUACCACGAUCAAAUUUUUACUAUGCAAUUCCAAUAAUAAUCGUUACAAUAGCUGCUUUAACUAAAGUUUUCUAUCCUAAUAUUUUUCAAUUAAAUAAGAAAAUGACGAGUAUAUUUGCUAGACAAUUAUGGACAAAUUUCGGAUCAACAUCUUUUCUUCGUCCUACAAUACAAUUUCAACCAUCAGUACGUACAAAAAUGGCUCGACGUCUUAAUCGACAUCGAGUACCAACACAUGCUAAACCAACUGAUUCAUGGGCACAGAAAAAAGCAGUUGCUCGAAUUGUAGAACCUGAGCUUGCUUAUGAUGAUGAAUUUGCUAAAAGAAAACCAAUUGAUAAAGUAUGGUUAACUAAAGAAUAUCCAAUUCGAUCAUGGCCACUUGAAACAGUUUUACAAUGGCAUCGAGAAAUGAUGCAACCAAAAAUGCUUAAUUCAUUAGAUUCAUUUGUUUGGGCACGACUUAAACUAGAUAUGACUACAGCUAAAAAGACAAAAUUUAUUGAAACUAUCAAAGGUUUAGUAACAUUUCCUCAUUAUUUCGAAGAUCGACCACGUAAAAAUGUUGUUCUCUUUUGUCGACUUCCUGAACAUAUGAAAGCAGCUGAAAAACAUGGUGCUUAUAUGUUUGGCUAUACUGAAGUAAUCAAACAAUUUGAACGUGGUGAUAUGACUGAUACUAAUUAUGAAUAUGUAUUAUGUGCUCCUGAUGUUUAUGCUGAUAUUUUACAUUUAAGAAAAAAAAUUUCAAAAGAUAAAUUUCCUAAUCCACAAUAUGGUAGUCUUCAUCCGAAUGUUGAUCAAAUGUUAGAAAAAUUUAUUCGUGGUAAAGAAUAUCAAUCAGCUAAAUAUGAAGAAGCUCGUGGAAUUGUUGAUCUUCGAUUUGGCAUUAUAAAUAUGUCAGAUGAACAAUUAGCAGAAAAUUUUCAAGCACUUGUGGAGCAAUUAAGUACACAUUCACAAACAAAAGUUGGUCCAUUUGUAACUGGAUGUUCAGUUUAUUGUCCACCAUCAACAGAAGAAUUUCGAGUUGAUGUUACACCAUUUCUUCCUAGUGAAGAAGAUGUACUUGAAAAGAAAGAAUUAGAUAAACAAGUUAUGGAUGAUUUAAUUAAGAAAUCAGCACCGGAAAUCGGAGAUGAUUUACUUAAAACAUUACCAUCAAUUAAAUAA